CUAAAAAUGGAUUUGAUGAGUAAGCUGUUGGCAUAAAUCGUGGAAUAUAAAUAGGAAUACUUAUGUUGGAUUUAUACAUUCAUAUUUGUGACAAUAUACGAAGAUGGACAAAAAGGAUCCUACAAAAAGACACAGUUUUUUUUCUUCCGGAAAAGAUAGGAAGUCAAAGGGCAAAGUACCGAAAGAUAUUGUAAGGCUCAGCACUGAUAAAAUUGCUAGGCCGAUGUCAUUGGUGACACAUGAAGCAAAUGGAGAGGGCGUACCCCAGGGGCAGGAGGACCCGGACACCUUCACGUACCAAAACCUCACAGACCAGGAAGUUAGUGCUGCUUUUGACCGAAUGUUGGAAGAUAUGGGAAUCUAUGGAAAGAAAGCCGAUCCAUUGCGAAAUAGGGACAUGACAAUGAAACGAGAAAUGGUCGUUCAAUACAUGAAAAGAACAGGCUCCACACGGAGUGAUAAGACGUACCAGACUCCGGGUGACUUCAUCGAUGGUUUGCGACAGUACAGUGCCACGGAUUACGACCAUUUACUACCAAUACUGAAAGCUUUACGCGUGGCACUUGCCAGUAACACGAUCAGCUGGGUGAAACAGUUCGGAGAUAAGGGUCUCGGGCUCAUUAUCGAUAUAACCGAAGCAUCUUUUUCAAAGACGACCCACAAAUCAGUUGACAGCAAACAUGAGUGUAUCAAAUGCCUCAAAGCAUUCAUGAACAACGGAUUUGGCAUCUCCACAGUGUUUAAAAACGACCGGGUGCUGGUGGAUGUCGCCAGCUGUAUUAACCCCAGAUUUGAGAACUUAAUGACAGAUGCCCUCAAGGUCAUGGCACCUGUCUGUCUGGUCCCUGAUGGGCAUUAUAAGGUACUGAGUGCUCUGUCAGAGGUACAGGAGCUUAGGAACAGGCCUCGCUUUCUUCCAAUCAUUGAGGCAUUGAAGAAGGAAGAUUCACCCCAGCUAAUGAACUUCAGCAUGCAGUUCAUAAAUGCUAUCAUCAGUACACCAGAAGAAAUGGACUUCCGUUUACACCUCCGAAAUGAGUUCAUGAGAACCGGUCUUAAAGAUAUAAUACAGGAUUUAAGAGACACGGAGAAUGAUGACCUGCAGAUCCAAAUGAAUAUUUUUGAUGAACAUGAAGAAGAUGAUACUGAGGAAUUCCUACAACGAUUUCAAAAUAUCAAGUGUGAAUUUUAUGAUAUUGAAGAUGUGUUCAAGAUGCUUAGACAGAUUGCAGUCGGCUCUCCAUUUGAAGCGGAUCUGCUAUCUAUCCUUCAACACCUGUUGCUCAUCAGAGAAGACCCAUAUGCAAGACCUCAGUAUUACAAGUUAAUUGAAGAAACAAUAAGCCAGAUUGUUAUGCAUAAGAAUGGGUGUGACCCAGACUUUGUGGCUAAGAAGGUCAUCGAGUUUGAUAUUGAACCUUUAAUCGCUGAUCUUACGGAGAAGGCUAAGUACGAUGAGCUAAAUGGCCAGAUCGAAAAAUUAGAUAAAGAUUUUCAACGUGAAUGUACCCUUCGACUAGAAUCAGAGGCAAAGUUAACAACAAUAGAGAAAAAACUGGAAGAGAAGGAGAAAGAAAUAGAAGAGCUCAAAGCUCAGAUUGCUGCAGGACCUGUCUCAAUCCCUAACCCAGGAGGUGUCCCAGUAUGUGGACCACCGCCUCCUCCGCCACCUGGAGGAGUGCCACCUCCACCACCACCUCCUCCAGGUCCUGGAGGGGGUCCUCCACCACCCCCACCUCCCCCAUUCCCAGGAGGAGCUCCACCUCCUCCUCCUCCACCAUUCCCAGGUGGUGGGCCACCACCCCCACCACCAUUCCCUGGCGGAGGUGCACCACCACCACCACCAGUACCAGGGGCACCUGGUGCGCCACCGCCCCCGCCUCCUCCUGGGGGUAAGACAGGGUUCUCACCGUUUUCACUGUUUUCACCUGGGUUGCCUCACGGCAUGAAAGACAAGAAAAAAUAUAAUCCUGUACAACCAAUGAAACGAGCAAAUUGGAACAAGGUAAACCCUAAACAAUUAAAAAAGAACUCAUUUUGGGUCAAAGUUCAGGAAGAAUCAAUGGAAGAUGAGGAAUUCUUUAAUACACUUUCAUCUGCAUUUGCAUCAAAACCAGGUAAAAAACUUGGUGGUGGAGAUGGUGGAAACAAUAAGAAAGUCCCUGCUAAAAAAACCAAAGAACUCAAAGUACUGGACGCCAAGUCUGCACAGAAUCUUGCUAUCCUUCUUGGAUCACUUCGCAUUCCACACGAAGAAAUGAAACGACGAAUCUUGGAGGUCGAUGACCUGUCUGAACAAAUUCUCUCGUCACUGAUAAAGAACCUGCCUGAACCGGAGCAAAUCACCGCUGUCUAUCAACUAAAGGAUCAGUAUGAUGACAUGACUGAUGCAGAACAGUUCUGUUGCACUAUCGGUGGUAUCAAGCGUUUAGUCCCACGCCUACAGUCAGUCAUGUUCAAGAUGCACUUUGAAGAAGCGAUAGGUGAUAUCAAACCUGACAUUGUCAUUGGAACCAAGUCUUGCGAGGAGUUGCUACAAAGUAAAAAGUUUGGCAAACUCUUGGAGUUGGUGUUACUUAUGGGAAACUAUAUGAACGCCGGGUCAAGAAACGCACAAUCAGUUGGGUUUGACCUCAGCUAUUUAACCAAGUUGCGUGAAACGAAGUCUGCAGAUAACAAGAUGAAUUUGAUGCACUUUUUGGCUGAAACAGUUUCAACAAAAUACCCUGAGGUUGUGGGCUUCACGGAGGAAAUAUCUCAGGCAGACAAGGCUGCUCGAGUGUCUGAAGAGAACAUUAUGAAGAGUCUUCAUUCAAUGGAGAAAUCAAUCAAAGAUCUUGAGAAAGAUUUGAAGGCGUUCAAACCAGCGAAGGAGGGCAAUGACCGGUUCAAGGAAGUGAUGUCAGACUUUGUCGGUAAAGCAAGGACAGAAUAUGACACACUCAAAACAAUGGCAGAAAAGAUGCAUAAAUUGUUUAAGCAACUUGGUGAAUAUUUUAGUUUCGAUACAAGUAAAAAGAAUUUUGAAGAAUUCUUUGGUGACAUGAAAAUGUUUCUUGAAGCAUACAAGGUGUCGUUAAAAGAAAACGAAGCCAGAAAGCAACUUCUGGAGAAAGAAAAGAAGAUGAAAGAAGCGAAAGAGAAAGCUGAGAAAGAGAAGAAAGCAAAGAAUAACCGAACAAAACUGGUAGACAUCAAUGGUGAAAAUGAACAAGAGGGUGUGAUGGACAACCUGCUAGAGGCUCUCAAGGAUGGUAGUGCGUUCACGCGAGCUGACAAGCGAAAACGUACCCCUAGGGCGCAUGGAGCCGAAAUGUUGCAUUAACAGCCAGGGACCCAGAAUGAUCCUGUUUAACCUGAGCAAAACAGAACCAAACUAGAACAAUCCAGUGUACUUGCAUUUAUGAUGCUGCUUGAGUCAGAGAAGAAAACCAGAUUGUUCCAGUUCAAACUAGUUGUUACUAGUAUAUGAACAUGGAUAUCAGCAGCACCAAGAAGUUUUUUUUUUUUUUAAUCACUUGAAGAAUUAGCAAAAUGUUAACUGUUACCUUAUAUGAAGACGAUAGAAUCAGGUUACGGUUUACUUGCAAUGUGAGGGCGGUCUCCAUGAUAAACAGUAUGAAAUGUAUCAAUCAAAAUUUUAAACAAGUGACAUGUUUAAAAAAAUGUUCAUAAGAAUUAGCAAAUCUGCAUAUUUUUAAUAAUGCUAAUCUAUAUUACAUCCUUAAAUCAGUAAUACUUAUGGAUCAGUAUUUUUGUUAAUUGCAGUUUUUAUAGUCAAAUCUGUUACACCAACAGAUGAAUAUUAUGUACAGAAUUUGAUAUGAUUAUAGACAUUUCUAAUCAUUUUUGCAAAUGUGAAAUUCUUUUUAAAAAAAUGUCUUUGCAGUAUGUCCAUUAUGUAUGACAGCACUACAAAGUUCUGUCAUUUGCUUAGCAGGUUGUACAUAUGUAGAUAUUUUGGACAUUAUAAGGAAUAUUUCGCUUGUGUCAUUGGGCAAGGCACUUCACCUAUGGUUGUGACUUGUCUCUCUCCACUCAGGAGUGGAGACCUGGUAAGUUCAAGCUCAAAAUGCAUUGAUUAAAGCUUGAUAUAACCGGGGCUAACAAUGUGAAGCACUUAGUGUAUAUAGGCAUUAGUAUAAUACCAUUCCAUAACUAAGUUUUGUCUCCAUCACCCCUCAAUUCUUUCCACUGAGGAACUUCCAUUAUCUUAAAAUAUAUACCACAUCUUAACAUAUACAUUGGCUUCCUAUUUUACUUUUUAUAUAGAUUUUGAUCACAUAGAUUUAAAACCAAGUAUACUGACUUGACUAAGUUAAGCACUAGAAUCUAAUUAGCAUACAAUAACUCAAACAAUUGCUGCCACUUAAAAAU